AUGAAUGCAUUAGCAGCCACCAACAGAAACUUUAGGUUGGCUUCAAGACUUUUGGGUUUGGAUUCAAAAAUUGAGAAAAGUUUGUUGAUUCCAUUCAGAGAAAUUAAGGUUGAGUGUAGCAUCCCAAAAGAUGAUGGAACCUUGGCUACUUUUGUUGGAUUUAGGAUUCAACAUGAUAACUCUAGAGGACCUAUGAAAGGAGGGAUAAGAUAUCAUCCUGAGGUUGAACAAGAUGAGGUGAAUGCAUUAGCACAACUAAUGACAUGGAAAACAUCAGUUGCAAAUCUACCAUAUGGUGGUGCAAAAGGAGGCAUAGGGUGUGAUCCUUCUCAGUUGAGUGUCUCUGAGUUAGAAAGACUUACUAGGGUUUUUACUCAGAAAAUUCAUGAUCUUAUUGGAGUUCAUAUUGAUGUUCCCGCACCCGACAUGGGAACUGGACCACAGACAAUGGCAUGGAUAUUAGAUGAGUAUUCAAAAUUUCAUGGUCACUCUCCUGCAGUAGUUACUGGAAAACCUAUAGAUCUUGGUGGAUCUCUAGGAAGAGAUGCAGCUACAGGAAGAGGUGUCCUCUUUGCAACAGAAGCUUUGCUUAAUGAAUAUGGAAUGAAUGUAUCUGGUCAACGGUUUAUCAUACAGGGUUUUGGAAAUGUAGGAUCUUGGGCUGCACAAUUAAUAAAUGAAAAGGGUGGAAAAAUAGUUGCUGUGAGUGACAUAACUGGAGCUAUAAAGAAUAGUAAUGGUCUUGACAUUCCAAGUCUACUUAAGUAUUCCAAAGAAAACAAAGGAAUUAAAGGAUUUCAUGGUGGUGAUUCAAUUGAUCCCAAAUCAAUUUUGGUUCAAGAUUGUGAUGUUCUUGUUCCUGCAGCUCUUGGAGGAGUCAUCAACAAGGAAAAUGCAAAUGAGAUUAAAGCCAAAUUUAUUGUGGAAGCUGCCAAUCACCCAACUGAUCCAGAAGCUGAUGAGAUUUUAAAAAAGAAAGGUGUUGUUAUCCUUCCUGAUAUAUUUGCAAAUUCAGGAGGAGUUACAGCUAGCUACUUUGAGUGGGUGCAGAAUAUACAAGGGUUCAUGUGGGAAGAAGAAAAGGUGAACAAUGAGUUAAAGAGAUACAUGACAAAAGGUUUCAAAGAUGUGAAAGAGAUGUGCAAAACACAUAACUGUGACCUUCGUAUGGGAGCAUUUACCCUAGCUGUUAACCGUGUAGCAAGGGCCACUGUCCUUAGAGGUUGGGAAGCUUAA